GGAGAAUCAACUAGGUAACGCCUAUCAAGGGGACCUCUUUAUUGCUCAAUUUUUUCUGAAAAUUAAAAAUUUAUGUUCAGAAAUAUCAAUUUUGGAUUUGGACAAGCCUAUCUAUGAAGCUCAUAUGAAGCGGCAUAUUGUUCGCGGGUUAAAGCCAAAGUACAUUCCUUAUGUCACCUCAAUUCAAGGGUGGGCUCAACAACCAUCCUUGGAAGAGUUUGAAAAUCUCUUGUCCUCACAAGAGUCUUUGGCCAAGAAAAUGGCAAGUUUAUCUGUGACUUAUCAAGGUGGUGGUGUUGACAAUAAAAAUGUCCAUGUAGCUGAGAAAAGGAAAAACUUCAACUCAAAAGAAAAGAAAGAUGGUGCAGAAUCUAGAGUUGGUGCCUCUAAUUCUUCAAAUUUCAAGAAGAAAAACUUUAGAUGCUAUCAGUGUGGUAAACUUGGACAUGUGAAGAAAAAUUUUCGUGUCAAGUUGAAGCAAGGAAUUCGAGUUGAAGCUGAAGGUGGUGAUAAACAGGGUUCUUCUCAAAGCAAUGAAGAAGACUGGGGAAAGUGUUUCAUGACCAGAAUUUCAUCCAAUCCUACUUCAAUUGAUUUUAAGAAUGAUUGGAUCAUAGAUUCUGGUUGUGGUCAUCAUGUGACUGGUGAUGCUUCCAAGUUCUCAAGUCCCCAUCUUCAUAAAGGCAAAGAUGCAGUUAUCAUAGCUGACAACACGGUUCACUCUGUGGAAAAAGAGGGGACAAUUAUUCUCGGUGGAUGCAAGGAAAAUUUCAUUACACUCAAUAAUGUGUAUCAUGUCCCAGAAUUAAAAGCGGAUGUUGUUCAUGUUGGUAGAAGAAUUGAUGAUGUGUAUGUUUUAUCAACUUCAACAUCCUUUGUUGAGAAGCUAAGUGGCCAUGACAAUGCUUCUAUAAGGCAUGCUCGUUGUCAAUAUGGCAAGGCUCAUAGGCUUUCAUUUGAGAAGUCUUCUUCUAGGUGCAAAGCUCUAUUGGAUUGCAUUCAUAGUGACUUGGACAAAUCAGAAGUUUUCCUCAAAUUUCAAGAGUUCAAGGAAACUGUUGAACGAGCUCUUGGAAGGAAAAUCAAACAGCUUCGAACUGACAAUGGAGGACCAUCUGAUGAUGAAAUUCCUUUGUGCUUUGAAAAGGCAACAGGUGUCAAAGUAUGGGAGGAUGCAAUGGAUGAGGAAAUGAAUGCACUAUUUAAAAAUGAAACUUGGGAUCUUGUUCCAAAACCCAAGGAUGUACAGCUUGUUUCUUGUAAAUGGGUGUACAAAAUUAAGCGUAAGGUUGAUGGGAGCAUAGACAGAUAUAAAGCAAGGCUAGUUGCUCAUGGAUUUUCUCAAAAGUAUGGAGAAGAUUAUGAAGAAACUUUUAGUCCUGUUGCCAAGAUGACUUCAGUUUGUACAGUAUUAGCUCUUGCAGCCUCACAAAAUUGGAAGUUGUGGCAACUUGAUGUCAAAAAUGCUUUUCUAUAUGGAGAGCUUGAUAAAGACAUUUACAUGGAGCAACCACCAGGCUAUGUUGCAAAUUCUCAUCCAGACUUUGUUUGCAAACUCAAGAAAGCUCUUUAUGGGCUAAAGCAAGCGCCAAGGGCCUGUAAGAAAAAAGAUUCAAUUUCUUUGUCAACUACUGAAGUAGAAUAUAAGGCUUCUACUCAUGUAGCUCAAGAAUGUGUUUGGCUUCAAAGGCUCAUUGAGGAUCUUGAUUCUCCUAUUCAAGGUUCAACCAACCUUUAUGGAGAUAAUCAAAGUGCUAUUAGGCUUGCCACCAAUCUAGUUUGUCAUGCAAGGACAAAACACAUUGAGGUGGAGCAUCAUUUCAUUAGAGAGAAGGUUCUGGAAGGAACCAUCAGUGCAUUGGAGGUGAAAAGUCAAGAUAAUGUUGCUGACAUAUUUACCAAGUCACUUUCCAAAAGCUCCCUUGAGAUGCUUUGUUCUCAACUUGGAAUUAUUUCUAGAAAAUCACUUUAAGAGGGAGUAUUAACAUUAGUAAAGUAAUUUUCUAAAAGGGUCACUGUUCAUGAAUAGCUCUUCAUCUUUCUGUUAUGUUAGCGUGUGAGAUCAAAUAUAUUUGUGGCAAUUACAAUUAGUUUAUUUUGUUUAGUGGUGUGGCAGUUUCUUUUGCAGUGUAUAACUUCUUUUCAUUUUAGCAGUGUUUAUGUAUUUCAUCAGUUAUUUUCUAGGUAAUAGAAGAAAUUCAGACUC